AUGUCGGACACAGAACUGGGUCCUAGUGAAAUACCAGAGGAGCCUAAAGCGGAUGAGGAAGUUAAACAAAAGCUAGUUCUAAUCGAGUUAAACCGACGAAAACGAGCCAGUAAACGUAGCACAACGAAAGCAAGGCAUCAUCUUGAGAAGUUAAUCGUUGAAAAGGCGGAGGUUGAUAUACAGGAACUGGAACAUCGUGUAGAGACACUGUGGCAAAUACUGAAAGAUACACAAGUUAUAUUUCAUGGAACAGAAAGAUUUCGAAAGUCAUAAGCUUGUGAUGCAAGAGUCGAAUGAGUUAGAGGGGGAUUGUCAGAAGGUCAUUGAAAAGACGCAGGCUGUUAUUGUUAAAUGUGCAUCAGAAAGCUGUGUGCUGAGUCCACCCAUACAGAAAACUGCCCCAAACACAGGGGGUGAAGCAGAAACCGAAGUCACAGAUAAUCAAGGGGUUUCCACUUCCGUAACUGGGAAUGAAGAUGAACUCGACAUAGCUGAUGACGUCACAAACCAGGGGUCCCAGGCAGUGGCUCCUGCAACAUUAGGGGGUAAUGAUCACCUACAACAACCGGUUACCGAGAACAGUAGUUCCACCUCAACGGGGUACCCUAGUCCGCAGCAUGAUGUUACAACGACAAGUAGUGGACAUGGAGAAACUGUUAUUAACCGUCGUCUGAAACCAUUGAGGGUGCCAACCUUUGACGGAGACAAGAAAAAGUUUGAAGAGUUUUGGGGACUGUUCGUAAGCCUAGUAGAUAUGUCGAACGAACCAACUAGCUUAAAGAUGGCAAGACUCCGCCAAAGCUUAACUGGAAUAGCCCUGGACUCAAUCCGUGGACUUGGUGUGUCAGGGCCUGAGUAUAAGGAGGCCAAGGAGAUUUUAAAUACAAAAUUCGGAGGUCAGAGAAGGCAGCUUCGUGCCUACCUGGAUGAUUUAGAAAGAAUGCACCCCUUACGAGCAGCUGAUGUUCAAGGUUUCGAAAGGUUCGCAGAUCUAGUAAGAGUGACGGUUGUUAAGUUGCAGGCAGAAGGGAAAGUAGGAGAACUUGGAGAUGGAACACUGUACAGUUUGUUGGUCAAGAAGUUGACAGGACACCAGUUAGAAAUUUACACACGAUGGAUGAAUGAGCACAGUAAAGACAGAUCGGUUUUAAGUCUACGAGACUGGUUAAAGGAGGAAGUCUCAAUUAGAGUUGAAGCAAUUGAGAUGGCCCAUGGGAUAGAAUCCGAAGAUUCUGCGCGAUAUAAUCGAAAGCAAUAUCCAACGAAAGGUGGAAGGAGCAAUCCAAGUUCCUUUUUCAUGGCUUCGAACAAUCAACGAAAUUCAGCGUUUAACAAAGACAAAAGCCCAAAACAAAAGCCUCCUUGUGCCUUCUGUAACGGGCCGUAUCAUGGUAUUUGGGCUUGUCGACAGUUUGAACAAAGAUCGGUGGAACAACGAUGGAACUUUGCCAAAGAGAAACAGCUGUGUUUUCGCUGUUUGAGUAAGGAUCAUCAUAGAAUCUUGUGGCGAGAUUACGAGAGCGACCGGGAGCCUGAUGAGUAUGAAUUUACACGAGUCGUAUUUGGGAAAAAUUUGGCGUCUAUGGAAGCGCAAUAUGUCGCCCAAGAAAAUGCUCAUCGUUUUCAAGAUCGUUAUCCACUAGCAGCUGAAACAGUUCUGAAGUCUACAUACAUGGACGAUAGUAUCAAUAGCGUCGAGGACGAAGCCAAAGCCGAGACUAUUCAAAAGGAACUGCAAGAGCUAUGGAAGAAUGCUGGUAUGGAAGCCAGGAAAUGGGUCUCUAAUUCGAAGCAAGUUCUGGCAGCUAUUCCAGAAGAGCAUCGGGCAUCUGAACUGGUGAUUCGAGACGCAGAACAACCAGUGACUAAAACGUUAGGUAUUUCGUGGUUCAGCGAAGAAGACACCCUUUCCGUUCCAGCACCACCAAUGACUGCAUUCGUGUCGGUAACAAAACGUAACAUCCUAAAGAAGAUAGCUACAAUCUUUGACCCUCUCGGUCUGAUUUCGCCGGCGAUCAUAAAAGGAAAGAUGUUGCUUCAAUCGUUGUGGAGCCGAGGGUAUGAUUGGGAUGAUGAAAUACAUGACGACAUAGCAAACCAAAUUCAGUCUUGGCUUAAUCAGUUAUCCGUUUUAGCAGAAGUGAAGAUUCCCCGUUGUAUUAGACUUGCAUUAACAAUUAUAUCCUUCAAGUUGAUCACCUUCGUUGACGCCUCAACAAGUGCAUUUGGUGCUGCAGUGUAUGCCCGGUUCGAGUAUGAGCAAUCCUAUCCUCCUACAUGUCGUCUAUUGGCAUCAAAGAGCAAAGUUGCUCCCUUGGUACCAGUCACCGUACCGCGUCUGGAGUUAAUGGCCGCAAUAACAGGUCUACGAUUGACACAAACAGUUAUUGGAGUCUUGGAAAUCCCUAUGAGCACCGUAACAUUCUAUUCGGACAGUCUCGAUGUGCUUUGGUGGAUACGAGGUCAUGGAAAGGACUUUCGUGCGUUCGUGGCUAAUAGAGUCGGUGAAAUACAGAUGUUUAGUGAUCCUCAACAAUGGCAACACGUGUCUACGGAGCAGAAUCCUGCAGAUCUUAUAUCACGUGGUAUAAACGCUGAAGACCUCAAAGAGAAUUCAUUAUGGUGGAAUGGUCCUGACUGGGUAUUGAAGGAUGAAGACAAGUGGCCAAGAGUUGUUGACAAAAGCCCCCCAACCGAAAUGAAAGAAAGCAGGAAGCCUACUGUCUUAGUUAGUCAUGGAAGUCCAGUACCACAAAAUCCCGCAACGAACGCGACAACAGACGAAUGGAGAUUAAGCCCCAAUCGGUACUCAUCGUGGAUGCGUCUGGUUUGCAUUUAUGCACGAGUCGUCCGAGUUCUGUGCAACAUGCAGAAGAAAACAAAUCGGGUAUUUGGAAAAGCGCUACAGCCAGAAGAAAUUCAGGACGCAGAAGAAGAUAUCAUUCGCAACGUACAAUUAGAAAUCUUUUCCGAAGAGUACCAAGCCCUAAAGAGCAACAAAACAAUCUCACCCAAGAGUCCUUUGAUUAAGCUAUCACCUCGAAUUGAUGAGAAUGGAAUCAUUCGUAUGGAUGGCAGACUAACGUAUGCAGAUUACCUUCCGUAUGACGUAAAGCACCCCAUAAUCCUACCCCGAGGUCCCCACGUAACCAAACUAAUUGUUAAACAUUACCAUGAAAGAGCAAAUCACACAGGGGGUGUGAAUUUCAUUUUGGCUCAACUGUCACAAAGAUUCUGGAUAAUAGCAGCACGGGAAGAGAUUCGAAGCUGGGAGAGCGAAUGUAACGAGUGCAAAAAGAGGAAGAUGAAGCUUGCGACACAAAUAAUGGCUCCACUUCCAAAAGUUCGUCUUAGAUUUACUUUUCGUCCAUUCGACCAGAGCGCUGUGGACUACGCAGGGCCUUUUAUCACGGUGCAAGGCCGGGGGAGACAGCGUCAAAAGCGAUGGUUAUGUUUAUUCACGUGUCUUGCGACAAGAGCUAUCCAUUUGGAAAUGGCCUGGGCACUGGACACGGAGAGUUUUCUAAAUGCUUUCACUCGAUUCACUAGCCGACGAGGGGUACCGUCCGAAGUUACAAGUGAUAAUGGAACUAAUUUCGUGGGAGCCGUAAAUGAAUUGAGAGAUUUGGUGGGAAAAUUAGACCCAAACCGUAUUCAGCAGAAGACAAACCACCUCUUCAACAAAGUAAAGUGGCAUUUUAACCCUCCAGCCGCUCCGCAUUUCGGAGGAGUACAUGAAGCGAUGAUCAAGUCGGCGAAACGUGCUAUCUAUUCGGUCCUAGGAAACAGUGACAUUCGAGACGAAGAAUUGAUCACCGCAUUUACUGCUGCCGAAAGUCUGGUCAACUCCCGUCCCUUAACCUAUCAGACGACAGACCCUAAAGAUGUUACACCGUUAACACCAAACCAUUUCCUACACGGGCAAGUGGGUGGAGAAGUGGCUCCCGAAUCGGUUGACUACACCAAUUUUAACUUACGGAAUCGGUGGCGAAGAGUGCAACAACUACUCAAUCAGGUGUGGACGAGAUGGUUGAAAGAAUACCUUCCCACAUUAAACAAGCGUCCGAAGUGGACGGAAAUAGUGAACGACAUGAAAACAGGCGACGUUGUUCUUGCGUUAGAUCACAACCUACCAAGAGGUCGAUGGCCUCUGGGACGGAUCAUCGAGACGUAUCCUGGAAAAGACGGUCACACGCGAGUGGCAAAAGUUCAGUGCGGAGACAGAACCUUAGUUCGACCAAUACACAAGUUAGUACCGCUGUUUCAAGAAAACUGAUGGAACAGUGUUAGUUGAACAGUUAGUUUAGAUACGCACUCUACGCAGUGCGGGGAGGGGGAAUGUUGUUAAGAUAACUGUAUUUUGUAGUUAAUUCGUAGUUGACAUUUUAUGGUUGACAUUUCGAAAACAGUAAACUUGGGCAACCUAUGUCCAAUGAGGGGUUGCUAGGCAACGGGUUUUAAGGUCGUUCGAAAAACGUUGUUCGUGAGAUUUUAUGAGGGAAAUAUUACUUUUAUUAUUGUUCUUUUCGUUUAUUUUUGUUAAAUUAAAGUUUGUAAAAAGAGUUUCGAGUCUUGAGAACAGAAACGUUUAAAAUUUAUAAAAUACAGAGCAACUUUAAAAGCUUGCAGCCAUGACGGCGCUUACAUCAUUGUUCUAAGAAUACCCAACUUUUACCACCACCAUCAACCGCGUUACGCCCACAGUUAUGCGUGGAUAUCAACCUGACUUACGAGAGUGUGUUACAAGGAGUGCUAAAUCUCAAACCCGGCAAGGCAUGCGGUCCAGAUAAGGUUUCACCCAAGUUACUCAAGAACUCGGGCAUUGAUUCCAUCUCUACUUUCCCUCUACACUUCAAGUGCAAUAAGUAACAGCGUACCCGACCAGUGGAAAAAUGCCAUUGUUUCGUCACUCUACAAGAAGGACGAUGAAACAGAGAAGAGUAACUACAGACCUAUAUCCUUGCUCUGUGUGCCCGGCAAACUCAUGGAGACGUGUGUGUCCCAAACCAUCACCACCCACCUCGCAAAUCAUGAGCUCAGCCACACUCAUCAAUGGGCAUACAAGAAAGGUCAUUCGACAGAGUUACUCUUGGUGAAAAUGACCGAAGAUUGGAGACGGGCAUUAGACGAUAAAUUAGUGGUUGGUGUUGUCUUCGUGGACUUUCGAAAGGCUUUCGAAUCGAUCUCUCACUUAAUCUUGCUGAGGAAACUCCAAGAACUAGGUGUAUCGGGAAAUCUCUGAUCGUCGAUAAAGAACUAUCUGUCGAAUCGCCAUCAAGCGACUGUGAUCAAUGGUCAUGUAUCGUAGUCAAUGCCUGUUAA